UGGGGAGGGGGCCCUUCCCCUCCCCCGCGCACCGCCUGGCCUUGUGGGGCUGGACAUCCCACCAGGCGUUGUCUAGGAAAAGCCGAAGCCAAUGUGGGCGCCGGUAGGACCCCACCCCCACCCCAGCUCCCCGACACCUGUGCCCUCUGGUUGCCCCCUCGGUCUGUCCGGGACAUCGUCUGCCAGCAGUCCCAAACCGCCACCCAGAGUGACCUCGGGGAUUUUAUUUAUCCCUUAGUUGCCCUAAAGGCUCCCCCUCCCCCAGAUAGGGAGCAGCGAAGGUCCCUCUAGAUGAGCCUCCCACCUUGGUAGGGGACUGGCCAGAGCCGGCCAGGGUCUCUGUCCAGCACUUGUCCUCAGUCACUGCCCCCCUCCUCCCUUGUAACCGCCAAAGCAAGCCCCUGGGUGGACCAGGGGGAGGGCUGCUGUCUUCCCUGACCAGACCAUCAUUUGUGGUCCUGCAUCCCUCCCUCCCUCCUCCCUUCCCAUCCAAGGCAGGAGAGAGAAGAGAGGAGAGGAAACUGUGUUUGUUCCCUCUCUUCUCUCUCCCUCCUCUUUCCCUCUCCCUCCCUCUGCAGCAUCCUUUGCAGGUCUAGGAGGGUUGAGCUUGCGGUUUAAUGUUGCAAUUUUUUUUAACUCUUGAGGCUCCACAGCCCCAGGUGAGGGAAGAAUAGGGAGGCCAAAGGCCCAUCAAGUCCUCAAGGAAAAGAGGGAAGGGGAAAAGCCAUUCUCUCCACACAUCUAGACCUCACCAGAACUCUCCUGAGAACUUAUCUGGAAGCUGUAAAUCCUCCCCCUCAACCCCAAACCAUAGCUCGAGUUCUGUGACUGUCUUCUUCCCUUCCUUUCAUGGCACCAUGUAGUAGUGGAAGGAGUUGUAGGCAUCAAGAGGCCUGGAUUCUAGUUCCAGACCUGUCAGUAACUCAGUUUCUGACCUUUGACAGAUUACUUAAUUGAUGACUCAGGUUUCCCUUCUGGGCCUCAGUUUCCCUGUCAGUCAAAAGGGGAAGAAGCAUCUUGACUUGCUUAUCUACAGGAAUAUUAGGCAGGUCACGUAAGAUAAUGUGAAAAUGCCUCACUAAUGAAGGGAAUGGUUGCUAUGCACAAACUUAAAGCUUUUUCCUAGUUCUUUUUUCUUUGUUCUCUUGGGACAUUCUGCCUCCCAGAGUCUUGAGAAGCGACCCCAGGGGUCCUGGCAGUGGAUUAACUUCUGGCAGGCCCACAUGCUGACCUAGAUUGGCUUUCUGCCCUUUGGAUAAUGUCAUCUAAGGACAGAGGCAAUUGGCCUGGACUCAAUCUUAAAUGUAAGGGAGAUUAGACAGUUUCCCUGGGCAAGGCUGAUGGUGUGGAGAUCAGUGUCUCUCAUGUACCCCUUGCAUGAGAAUGAAGUAAAUGGCUUCAGGGUACUCUGGCUCAAAGGGAUUUUACCCCAUGCCCCUGCCUCCUAGGGCCAGGGCAUUUCACCCAUAUCAGGCUGGUGAGAUAUAUACUCCGGUAGUCACCAAGAUACUGUCUGCUCCAGGUUCUCCCUGAUCCAAGGAAGGGAAAGGAAUGAAGCUGGGAGUCUCUGAAGACCACAGAAACAUGCCUCAUGUUUCUGCUCUACUCAUUCUACCUUGGGUAGCAGACAAUGUCCCCAGUGGUUUUUGCUCUCUGGCUUGCCAUGUUCUAUAAUUUUUCUAAGAAGCUCAGCCCAUGCUUAAUUUUCAUUAUCUGUGCCAGCUUUGACCUCACCCCCAAGAACUGGAGUUUUGCCAGGUAUGACUGACAUGUAGGAGAAACUGAGAGCAUUAAGCCCAAGGGCUGUUUGGGCUAGUCAGCCAAAGGUGCAGAGGAGCUGAGCCAAAUAACCUUAUGAUUUCAGAGGGCAAGAGGUGGCUGAAGGUGACUGCAUUCCUUCCCUCUUGGUCCACUGGAAUAUAAACUCCUUGAGGGCAGAGACUUUUUGUUUCCUUUUUGUCUUUGUAUUUCCAGGACUUUUCAUAGUGCCUGGCACCUAGGAAGUGCUUAAUAAAUGCGUGUUAGGAUUAAUUUAAAUACAAAAAACCAAACCAGGGCACAGAGAAGACACCUGGGACAGUUUCUUAGAACAUCUUGACCCUCUGAUUCUUUGAAUUCACAUGAGAAAUAACAAUAGCUAACAUUUAUAUUAAUUAUAUAUUAAGACACUGGGGAAUUAAUACAAAGUCAAAAACAGAACAAUCAAGGGGUACCUAGGUGACUCAGUGAAUAGAGAGCCAGGCCUGGAGUCAGGAGGAGUUGGGUUCAAAUUUGGUCUUAGAUGCUUCCUAGCUGUGCGACCCAGGGGAAAUCACCUAACUACUGAUGGAGGAGGCGAGGUACAGAGAUUAAAAAUAUACCCAGAUAAAUAUAAUAGAAGAUCUGAUGUGAUUGGGGGUAAAAGAGACAUCUUGGGAUAAGGGGAAAUUAAGAUGAUAGAGUCAUAUAUAAAUAUAUAUAAAGAACUGGAAGGUUAAAGAUCAUUAAAUCCAACCCCCAUUUUAUAGAUGAAGAGAUUAAGUGAUGUGCUCAGGUUCUCACAGCUAGUAAAUAUUCAAGGUAAAAUUUGAACCCAGGUCUUCCUGAUUCCAAGUCUAGUGCCUAGAUUAGGGAAAGCUUAACAGAGAGGCAGCAGCUGAGCUGGAGCUUGACUCAAUUCUCAGGAAUCAUAGCUAACAUGGCUCACCUGGAGGUUCACAAAGUGCUCUAAGAAAUGAUCUUAUGUGAAGUAGGUGCCAUUUUGUUCUCCAUGGCUGAACAGAGACAUAGAAGUUAAGGAACUUGCCCAGAGUCACACAGCUAGGAUGUAUCUGAAGCAAAAAGAUUAGUCAACACUCAUUCGAAGGGUGAAGAUUAGAGAAUUAGAGAUAAGGAGCUAUCUUAUUCUAGACCUUAGCAUCCUAGACCCCAAGAUGGAAAACAGAGUGUGGAAAUCAGGGAAUAGAAUCCUGGAAUUUGAGAGUUGGAAGAGACUUCAGGGGCCCCUCUGGUCCAGGUUAUCUUAGAAAAGAAUCCCUGCUCCCACCUGAGACAAAGUCAUCCAACCGCUGCCAGAAGACUUCCAAAGAGGGGGACCCCUCCACAUCCUGAGGCAGCCCAUUCCAGCUGGAGGUACUCGAAUUAUGACAAAAUUCUUCCCAAUAUGAAACCUGCACUGGCUUCUGAACCACUUCCAUCCACUGAUCCUGGCCCUGCCCUCCAGGCCCCAGAGGAGCAAGCCUAAUCCCAGAAAUCCUCCAGUUUGGCUAGGAAAGGGACCUUCACCCAGCUCAUCAGAAGAUGAGGUCCACAGAAAGCUAUCCGUUAUUCCAAAGUAACUAGGUGGCACAGGAGAGGGAGCAAAUGCUAACCUUGGGUCAGCAAGAACUGAGUUCAAAUCAACUCACACUUACUAGCUGCAUGUGCCUACCUCACAGGGCUAGUGUGAGGAUCACAUGAGCUAAUAUAUGUGUGUCACGUACACUUGGGGGGUCCUUGAAAGGGAUUGAGGCAUCUCUUCUCUUCUGCUGUCAGUUUUGUGCUAAGUAAGUGCUAACUUCUUAUUUUUACUGCGAUUAUCUCUUAUUUUCCUCUCUUCCCCAUCAAGAGCAGGGGAGGCAAAGAUGGGGAGCAUCUUAGGACUGGCUGAGGGAGCAGAAUCGGGCCAGCUCUUGCCUCUCCCCUGUGAAAGAUUAUAGAUUUGCAUUUUCCCCAAAUUCCUUCCUUUCACCUGGGGGGCAUUCCCUUUGUCCUAGGCAUCAGGCUUGUCUUUUAGAGGAUGUGCCCUGGCCACGUGCUUGAGUCCUGUCAUGCCCAUCACUCCUGAAUUGCUUGGGUUUGAAAAGAAUGAUUUCAUCCUGGCCAUGACUUGGCUCUCAUCUGUGUGGCUUGUGCUGGGCAGAGGAGGACAGGAAGGUGUGUGUGUGUGUGUGUGUGAGUGAGUGAGUGAGUGUGUAAGUGUGUAAGGGGCACCCAGGAUGGGGAGAUAACUCUUCCAAAGGGCAUCCUUUAGUCUGAAUGCAGCCUUUCGGAGCUAUCCAGCUUCUAGUCUCCUGGACACCAUUUUUUCCCUGUAAUGAGUGUUUGCUCUCCUGGGAGCUGUCUGUAACCUGACCUCUGUUGGGCAGCUUCAGCUUCAAGCUUGGAGGUGAUCCUAGCAGAAGUGAAUAGUAGAGUAAAAGAGUAUUGGCCUAGGGAUGAGAACUGGGCUCCUGUUCUGGUCCUGGCCCCAACCAAGUAACCCGAAACCUUUGGAGGAGCCUCAGUUUUCUUCUCUGAAGAAUAAGGAGUUUGAACUCAAGAGGGCAGAUGUUGUAAAUAGAACUCCAGAUUUCAGUCAGAAAGACCUGGGUUCAAAUUCUGCCUUAGAUAUUUAGUUGUGUGGAGUCAUGUGGCAAGUCAUCCUCUCCAUAUCUCAGUUUACUCAUCUGUAAAUGAGAAUCGUGGACUCUGCAUCCCCUUCUCACUUUGUCUCAACGAAGUGGGCAGCCCCUACUGGCUUUUAGAUCAGAAUGAAUGCUGUUCUUGUCGUUAUAACCACCUUUCUAUCUCAGUGUCGUGGGCUUGUUUUGCCAUCCUGUAUUUUAAUUUGUACAUUUAAAAACACCCUGAGAAGUCUGCGGACUCGGCCAAGCUGAGUGCCCGGGGAUCCAGACACGAAGGUUGUAGGGAAGCUCCCGGUCUUUGGCCAGAAUGCCUCCCCACAUGCCCUCCUUGCUCCCUUCCUAUAGCUCUGCAGCAUCCCCUUGCCCUGGGGCAAAGAGGAAGGGUUCCUUCUUCAUUCUCCUUUCCGAAGGAUUGACUCUUGAAGGGGCGAGAGAAGCCCACCCUCUCCCACCCCCCAGACUGGCCCCUGGAGAACCAAGGCUGGGCGUUUGCCUCUCUGCUCCUCCUCCGGGCCCCAGGCAGGCACUCACUCCCAUUUACGGAGGGCUCUGCAUUGCAGUAGAGCUCCAGGCAGAAAGGAAGGCUGAGCCUGCUCGGUCUGGGGCCAGAGGAGGAGCAGGGGGGGGUGGCGUCCUCUCCCCACCCUCUGCCUUCCAGGGAGGCCUUGGAGGUAGAGAUGCUGACUCAGUCCCUCCUAUUUCUAAUAGCUGGGCCUGGGGAGGCAGGGUCAGGGCAGCUGUGACUGAGCUUCCCUCCCUCCCCUGCUGUCCUUGGCCAAACAAGGCACGGAGGGAGGAGGAUCUGAGAGAAGAGAGCUAGCUCGCCUCUAGACCCUGGUGAGAUCUCCGUGGCUGGGCCUUGUUCUCCCUCUGUGUCAGGUCUCGGGGUGGGGAUGGGGCGCAGGGCUUUCCAUCCUGAAUCCCUGGAACUGGGAGAGUGAAUGGAGGGGCCUUGGCCCUGGCUUCCGCAUUGGGGGGUGAGGAGAUCAUCACCUCGAGUCUUGCCUUGAGGCUUCUGAAGAUUUAGGGGAGGGAGGAAGGGACGGGGUGCAGCUGGGCUAUUGUGGAGCAGCAGGGAAAGGAGCGGGGUUCCACUAGGCUGAGGAGAGGGGCAGAGUACUGCCCCUUGGGAGGGAUCAGAGGCCUGAGAGGGGCUAUUAGUGACCAUGAAGACACUGGAGCCGUCCUUUGGAACCGGAGAUUCUGGGUUCGGUUCCCAUUACUGAACUUGGAGUUCAUUUUCCAGUGCCUCGGCCUCAGUUUCCCCCUCUGAAAAGGUGAGGCUUAGACUCUGGCUUCUGAUGGCCUCUCCAGCUCUAAGAGUCCCCAUCACGAAAUUGACUUGUUGGAUUGAAUUUCGCUGAUUGGGUAAGAACGAAUGAGAGCAUGAAUGAAGCGCCGCGUGCCGUUUUUAUAGGUCUGCUUCUCUUUUUCCCCCUCCAAUUACACGUAGAGACAGUUUUCAACAAUUAUCCAACUUCCCUCCCUCACCUUCCCCGGGACACGCGUACAGAAUCUGGUCUAGGUUGUCUUGCAGUGUCUAUUUGUCGGGAAAGAAGCCCCGCAUCGCCCAUAAAGCCAAAGCCGGCCUGCUUCAGUCUGCGUUCAGAGCGUUUCCAGGCGUCUCGGACCUUGGCAUCACUGACGAUGGUUCAGUCCUUCACGUAGCUGUUACCGGGCUUGUUAGCGCCCUGCAGACAGAGCCAGGUGAGAAAACAGGCCAGGAGGAGUCAAGUGACUUGCCCAAGGUCACAUGGGUGGUACCCCGAUGUCCUCCACCCAGAAGCGAUGAAGCCCUCUGCCUAGGCCCCUUCCCCGCCCCCUCCUCGGCAGGAUGAAGACCUGGAAGGCCGUGGCCAUCACAGGGGCCUUCAUGAGUGUGGACGUGAGCAUCACUACGGUGCUCUAUGCCUUCAGCCAUCGAGACCGGAACGUGCUGCAGGACCUGAGAGACUUCAACAUCUUCGACUCGGUGCUGGACCUCUGGGCCGCCUGCCUGUACCGGAGCUGCCUGCUUCUGGGGGCUACCAUCGGCGUAGCCAAGAACAGCGCUUUGGGCCCUCGGCGGCUUCGGGCCUCCUGGACCUUCAUCACCUUGGUGUGCCUCUUUGUGGGCAUUUACACCAUGGUGAAAAUGCUCCUCUUCUCUGAGAUACGCAAGCCCAUCCGGGACCCCUGGUUCUGGGGCCUCUUUGUCUGGACCUACGCCUCCAUCGUGGCCACGUUCUUCCUCUGGUGGCUGCUGUCCACCGUGCAGCCAGGCCACAGGGCCCUGGAGACAGGGGCGCCAGGCGACGGUGUGGGCUAUGCCACAGAGGGACAGCCCAAGCAAGAGGAGGCCUCAGGGGCCACACUGCAGAAGCUCCUGUCCUACACCAAGCCUGACCUGGCCUUCCUAGUGGCUGCCUCCUUCUUCUUGGUGGUGGCAGCUAUUGGAGAAACGUUCCUUCCCUACUAUACUGGCCGGGCCAUUGAUGGCAUCGUCAUCCAGAAGAGCAUGGACCAGUUCUCCACGGCUGUGGUUAUCAUGUGCCUCCUCGCCAUUGGCAGCUCAUUUGCCGCAGGUAUUCGGGGCGGCAUUUUUACGCUCGUCUUUGCCAGACUCAACAUCCGUCUCCGUAACUGCCUCUUCCGCUCCCUGGUGUCGCAGGAGACGAGCUUCUUUGAUGAGAACCGGACAGGGGACCUCAUCUCCCGCCUGACGUCGGACACCACCAUGGUCAGUGACCUCGUCUCCCAGAACAUCAACAUCUUUCUCCGAAACAUCGUCAAGGUCACCGGCGUCGUCGUCUUCAUGUUCAGCCUCUCUUGGCAGCUCUCCCUGGUCACCUUCAUGGGCUUCCCCAUCAUCAUGAUGGUGUCGGACAUCUACGGCAAGUACUACAAGCGGCUUUCCAAAGAGGUCCAGAAUGCCCUGGCCAGAGCCAGCAAUACAGCUGAGGAGACCAUAAGUGCCAUGAAGACAGUUCGGAGCUUUGCCAAUGAGGAUGAGGAGGCUGAGGUGUAUGCCCGGAAGCUGCAGCAAGUGUAUAAGCUGAACAGGAAGGAAGCCAUGGCCUACACGUACUACGUGUGGGGCAGUGGGCUCACCCUGCUGGUGGUGCAGGUCAGCAUCCUCUACUAUGGGGGCCACCUCGUCAUUUCAGGCCAGAUGACCAGCGGGAACCUCAUCUCUUUCAUCAUCUAUGAGUUUGUUCUAGGAGACUGUAUGGAGUCGGUCGGCUCUGUCUACAGUGGCUUGAUGCAGGGAGUAGGAGCAGCCGAGAAGGUAUUUGAGUUCAUUGACCGGCAGCCGACCAUGGUACACGAUGGGAACCUGGCCCCUGAUCACCUGGAGGGCCGUGUGGACUUUGAGAAUGUCACCUUUACCUACCGCACCCGUCCUCACACCCAGGUCCUGCAGAAUGUGUCCUUCACCCUUUCUCCGGGGAAGGUGACUGCCCUCGUGGGGCCCUCAGGGAGUGGGAAGAGCUCCUGUGUCAAUAUUCUGGAGAAUUUUUAUCCCCUGGAGGAGGGUCAGGUGCUGCUAGAUGGGAAGCCCAUCAGCUCCUAUGACCACAAGUACCUACACAGAGUGAUCUCUCUGGUGAGUCAGGAGCCUGUUCUUUUUGCCCGCUCCAUCACAGACAACAUCUCCUAUGGGCUGCCCACUGUGCCCUUUGAGAUGGUGGUAGACGCAGCCCAGAAGGCUAAUGCUCAUGGCUUCAUUAUGGAGCUGCAGGAUGGCUACAACACGGAGACUGGAGAAAAGGGAGCCCAGCUGUCUGGUGGUCAAAAGCAGCGAGUUGCCAUGGCCAGAGCCCUGGUGCGGAACCCACCUGUCCUCAUCCUGGAUGAGGCUACCAGUGCCCUGGAUGCAGAAAGUGAAUAUAUGAUCCAGCAGGCGAUCCACGGCAACCUUCAGAAGCACACGGUCCUCAUCAUCGCCCACCGCCUGAGCACCGUGGAGAAGGCGCACAGCAUCAUCGUCCUGGACAAGGGGCGCGUGGUGCAACAGGGAACCCACAAGCAGCUGCUGACCCAGGGCGGCCUCUAUGCCAAGCUGGUUCAGCGUCAGAUCCUGGGCCUGGAAGCGAGCACUGACGACGACAGUGGAAGCAGCGGGGGCGGCCGGCAGGAGAUGAUGCGCUUUACCUCCAGCCACAAGGAGCCCCCAGACGGGCACGGCGAUGUGCACAAGGCAUGAGGCCCUCCUCCCUCCACCCCCAUCCCCACCCCAGGAUGGGAGCAGAGGCUGCAUUGCCGGAGCUGGCAGAAGCACCUGAGGGAGGCCCAGGGCAGCCCAGCCCAGAACCUGCUGGGACCUGGGGGCCCGUCUUACUUGAAGGCAGAGGCCCAAGUCCACUCCCAUAGAGGGCAAGGCCUGUUAACUAGUCGAGCACAUACCGCUUCAUGCUCCCCCCUCUCCUCAAGAUCAUCCCCUCCUCCUCUUGGCACCUCUAGGCUGGGCUUCGUAGCAGAAACCGGAGGUGUGCUCCCUUGGCAAGCCCCCAUGCUCCCCGUACCAGGCUGUGCCAUCCCACCCAUGCCAGGGUGGUGAAACGUACUGUUCUUCUCUGGCCCCUGACCCUUCCCUGCCUGAGUUAUAGGGUCAUUGGGGGGAGGGGGCCCAUACUCAUCGUUAUGCCCUGUGCCCACCCAACACACAUUGGCAGGUCCCCCUGCCCAGGCGCCUGCUGGGGGAGUCAGAGGCCCAUUUUUAAGCUCCCUGCGAGCUUUUGAUUGUUGUUCUUUAAAAAAAAAUCAUUUCUCCAUUAAAUAGCUAGGAAAAAUUCUGGGUUAGUCCCAUGAGAAAUUCCCCAAACCUCUGUUACCCCUGGGAUCUGAGGGGGAUUCAUCCUCCCACUGGAAACAGGCCAGUGCUAGCUCUGUGGAGGUUAGGGUCUGCCACCAUGCCCAUUCUCACCAUCCACUUUUAUGGGAGCUCUUCCCAGGCUGCCCCCUGCCCUCGCAUGGGAGGGGAGAUGCCAUGGUUCCAGCUGGCUGCAUCCCUCCUAGGGAAGGGCAUCUCCUAUAUUCUGGGGGCCUCAGAGUGGGAGGGCCAGCCCUGCUCCCUUUAUCCCCUCGCCUCUUGCCUGCUGAGUUAAGGAGGGCCACCAGGCCAGGCCAGGCUGGAGUAAGGGGGACGUCCAUCCACAGUGUCUUCCUCCCUCCAGUGCCGCUGAAGCCAAGCCAGACUCACUGUGAACCACAACGAACCUUAAUCCCGGGGAGUGAGGGGCCAGACGGCACCCAGGCCACAGGGCAGACUAUGGCACUGCCUUGGGGUGGCUGGCACCCAUCUCCAGCACUUUAGGCACCCCCCAUGCCCCAGCCCCCUAUCCCUGCCAGCCGGCAGCCUCCCCUUCUCCUCUGCUCUCUGCUGUUUGCAGGUCUUUUGAUUGUGAUGUUCUGUUCUCUGUCGGGUUGCUGGGAGGGUCAGGGGAGGCUGAGCCUGUUUGGGGGCUUUUCCCCAGCCCUUGGGGAGCCCUCCUCUCAAUAAAGUACUACCUCUGUCCCUCCA